UUACGUUACUUCACUUGUCAUAACGACGUCACUCCAACAUGGCGGCGACCAUGGUACUGCGAUCUUAUUUACUUUGUCGCAGUACCGGGUUAAAGGCGAUUCUACAGCAUGCAACAUUAAAGACUUUUGCAUUAAGACACAGUAACAGUACCUCUUUACAGUUGAGAGUCAGCUACGGGACCCGAGGGACAAACGGCGCAGAGGACACCCAGGUGCGCAUUCCAGUAGAACGUCUGACGGUGUCUUACAGCAGGAGCAGUGGUGCUGGUGGUCAGCAUGUCAACAAAGUUAGCACCAAGGCAGAAGUCCGAUUCCAUGUGCAAACAGCGGACUGGAUCCCACAAGAUGUUCGUCAAAAGAUCUUUGAAAAGAAUAAAAACCGCAUCAAUAAAGCCGGGGAGCUGUUGGUGACCUCAGAGCUGAGCAGGAGUCAGCAGAGAAACCUCUCUGAUUGUAUAACGAAGAUCUCUGCCAUCAUUGCUGAGGCCAGUGAGAAGCCUCAUGAGCCAACAGCUGAAGAUAUAGCUCUGAGGGCAGCAAGGUUAGAGAAGAGGAACAAAGAGCGACUUAAACAGAAAAAGAUCCAUUCAGCUACCAAGCACAGCAGACGAGUGGAUUUUGACUGACUGUUAUUAGGCUUCUACCUCCCAUUGUGUGUGUUGUCAACAAUACUAUGUAAUUUGUAUGUCCAUUAUUUUGUCUUUAAUUUUCAUCAAAAUAAAAGUAAGAAUUUCUUUUUAUACAAAA